GGAGGAGGAGGCGGGGGCGGGAGCUUAGGCGUUGCCUGGCAGCGGAGGGUAUAUAAGCUGCAACCCGGCCGUUGCUUUCGCUUGUUCGACGCCAUCUGGUCUGUCGCUUGGAUAGACUUUAUUUCUAGGUAGAGAAACGGUAGAUAGGUCAGCCAGCAGAAUGAAUCGCAGUUGCUCACCGCCACCGGAUUGUGGCGGCACAUCAGUUAGUGUCAAAGUUUUCAGGCUCGAGAUAAGUGAAGGGUCUCCUCCAAAAAUCUCUCCAGAGCCGGCACCUACCCCCGAGGCAGAACCACCUACCCCCGAGGCAGAACCGCCUACCCCAGAGCCAGAACCAGAAGCUCCACCACCUCCUCCUCCUCCACCUCCACCACCUCCGAAACGUAUGGCGGAAUUUCAUGUUGGGAUCAAUGGAUUCGGGCGUAUCGGGCGCUUGGUCCUCCGAGCCUGUGUGGAGAAGGGGGUCAAAGUUGUGGCUAUCAAUGAUCCUUUCAUUGACGUCAAAUACAUGGUCUACAUGUUCAAGUAUGAUUCUACACAUGGGCGCUUCAAGGGAGAAGUGAAGGCUGAGGAUGGCAAGCUGGUAGUGAAUGGCUCAAAAAUCUCUGUAUUCCAGAGCAUGAAACCAAAUGAAAUCCCAUGGGGCGAGGCAGGAGCUUUGUAUGUAGUAGAAUCCACUGGAGUCUUCCUCUCCGUUGAGAAAGCUUCGGCUCAUCUCCAUGGUGGAGCCAAGCGAGUAGUGGUGAGUGCGCCGUCUCCUGACGCGCCAAUGUUUGUUAUGGGAGUCAACCAUGAGAAGUACGAUCCCUCCAGCAUGAAGAUUGUGAGCAAUGCUUCCUGCACCACCAACUGCCUGGCACCUUUGGCCAAGGUCAUUAACGACAACUUUGGCAUUUUGGAGGGCCUUAUGACCACAGUUCAUGCUUAUACUGCCACUCAGAAGACUGUGGAUGGUCCCUCAGCCAAGGCUUGGCGUGAUGGCAGGGGUGCCCACCAAAAUAUCAUUCCAGCUUCUACUGGUGCUGCAAAAGCUGUGGGCAAGGUCAUUCCAGAGCUUAAUGGGAAGCUCACUGGCAUGGCGUUCCGUGUUCCAGUAUGUGAUGUCUCAGUUGUUGACCUGACCUGCCGCCUUUCCAAGCCAGCCUCCUAUGCUCAGAUCAAAGAAGCUGUCAAGAAGGCAGCUAAAGGGCCAAUGGCAGGAAUCCUGGGGUAUACAGAAGAUGAGGUUGUUUCUACUGAUUUCAUUGGUGAUAAUCGUUCCUCUAUCUUUGAUGCUGGAGCAGGGAUCUCCCUCAAUGAUAACUUUGUGAAGCUCAUCUCCUGGUAUGAUAACGAAUAUGGCUACAGCUGCCGUGUAGUAGAUCUCCUGAAGCACAUGUACAGCAAGGAGCACGAAUGAGCACUGCCCACACUCUGCAUUCCAGGCUAUCCGACAGAGUGGCCUCUCACCCCUUUAGUCAAUAGGUUUGAUCUCCUGGCCAGUUCUUCGCUUCGACCACAGAACCCUGAACACUGCACCUUUUGUCACUGUGUAAAGCUUUGUGUGUAUGUGUGUACAUGUGAGUGUGAAUCCUGCUUUCCACAGCAGCUUGUAUGAGCUUUAAAAACGUAGUGAAGACAAAUGCACCGAAUUUCCCCCUGGAGAAAGAGUCUAGCUUUUGGGGUUACACAUUGGUUUGUGUGGCUGUAGUGUCCUUGAGAUCUCGUAAGCAUUGAAAUAAAACCACUGAAGUUAUGUGAACCUGGAAA